AGAUAAUAUAUUUAAGAUGUCAAUACAGCAUUUGGAGCACAUGGUGUACAAAGGGGAGUUAGUGUAUCUCUACCGACUAAAGGACGGAGAUGUCCAGUCCAGCUUUGCCUUGCAGGUGGCCCAGGCUCAAGGACUUGCCAAAUCAUCAGCAGACAGAGCAACCAUGAUACUGAAUGGUUUAAGAGAAGAAGCAGAAAUGACCGUUGAUAGCAAUAACAGGCUGGCAAAUGUUAUAGCAAAGAGGAGAUUGUUUCUCAAAAAACUAAGUAAGGCUGUAUUGUGUAAUGGCCAUCUGGACACAUGGAAGCAAGAACUCGUCAGUCUUCAAUUGUAGCUAUGGAAAACCACCCUUACAGUAGCUCCUAGCAUUUAAUUAAAUAAUUAUCAGGAAUAUUUGUAGCAAGUGUUAAAGGUGGCAUAUACAUUCUCUCUCUCACCUACAUCUGUAAAGCAACUCAUAGACAAAUAUUUAACUAUGCCAAGAGCCACUCUAACCUUGAAGAUUCAUGAAGAUUAGUCACAGAAAACUACAUAAACAUUAAGUGCACCAAGGCAACUAUCUGGAUGAAAUACUAAUUUUACAGUCUAUUCUAGAUGUUCAUAGGAUAAAAAAGCGUACAUGUUUAAACAUAAAAUUUAUCUGUAAUUGUAUAACAUAGAAUAACAGAAUUUAAGUACAAUACAAUAAAUAGUUUGAACCAGUAAAGUAAUACUUCUGACUAAAAAA